CCUUGCAGCGUGCACAGUGCGACUGCCGCCUCCUCAGUCCCUCAACCAAGGCAGCACUAGCGCAAGAUAAUUGCUGAAACUGGGCGGUGCACUUGCCUGCCCUAGGCAGAGGUUGGGCGCCGAAGCGGAGGCCGCUUGCAGGCUGCGCUAGCUGGGCGCGCUGGGAGGUGGCGAUCACAGCUGGGCCGGGACUUCCUUCCUCCACCGCAGGACAACAAAACAACCGGCAGCAGGCUCUGAGCUCUUGGCAGCUGUCUGGGCGAGAGGCGCGGCGAUGGGCUCUGUGCUGAGCAGCGAAAGCGGCAAAUCCGCUCCCGCCUCAGCCACCCCGCGGGCCCUGGAACGCAGGGGGGAUCCAGAGCUGCCCGUCACGUCCUUCGACUGCUCAGUGUGUCUCGAGGUGUUACACCAGCCUGUCCGGACCCGCUGUGGCCACGUAUUCUGCCGCUCCUGUAUUGCUACCAGUCUAAAGAAUAACAAGUGGACCUGUCCUUAUUGCCGAGCAUAUCUUCCUUCAGAAGGAGUUCCAGCAACUGAUGUGGCCAAAAGAAUGAAAUCGGAGUACCAGAACUGUACCGAGUGUGACACCCUGGUAUGCCUCAGUGAAAUGAGGGCACACAUAAGAACAUGUCAGAAGUAUCUAGACAAAUACGGACCACUACAAGAACUUGGAGAAUCAGCAACAAGGUGCCUCUGUCCAUUUUGUCAGAGAGAAUUGGAUGAAGACAGCUUGCUGGACCAUUGUAUUACUCAUCACAGAUCAGAAAGAAGACCAGUGUUCUGCCCACUUUGCCGCUUAAUACCUAAUGAGAAUUCUAGCAACUUCAAUGGCAGUUUAAUAAGACAUUUGCAAGUCAGUCACACUUUGUUUUAUGAUGACUUCAUUGAUUUUAAUAUAAUUGAGGAAGCUCUUAUCCGAAGGGUCUUAGACCGGUCACUUCUGGAAUAUGUGAAUCACUCAAAUGCCACAUAAUUUUAUUAAAAGGGAAGGAGACCCUACAAUUGCACCAUUUAUUAAGAUGCUGCUUGAACAAUUGGAGGGUAAUUGUCAGUGUUCUAUGGGCAAAGACAUACAAUAUAGUCAUGUUUGUCCGUGUUUAUUGUUAUACUGCAUUUUAAAACUGCUGUUAUUUUUCUGGCUUAAAUCUGUAUUACCUUUUUUAGUUUCUUAACAAAAAUAGUUUGCAUCAGCCACUAAUGUAUGAAGGAGAAUAUAAGUAGGAUAUGAUGGUUAAGGAUCUUUAUUUACAAAGUGGAUGGUGUUGUAUGUAAUGCUACAUAUUAAUAACUCCCAUCAUAGUUGGGCAAGACAACUAAUCUUUGUUCUAUGUAAAAAGAUGGAGAGUGAAGUAAGAUGUGACCAUUCAAGGAAAUAGGAAACCCAUCUGAACACUGAUAGGAUAACAUCUAAUAGGAUAACAUGGAAUAAUCUUGUAUGAAAGUAGGAAAUUAUAAAUUUGGGAUGUCAACAAACUUUAUUUAACCAAAUUGUAUAGCAUAAUACUGUAACAAAAUAAGUUUCAUCUUAGGAAUGUUUACUUCAUUCUUUGACUUUUGAUAACUAUGCACAAUAAGAAUUUAAUAUUGUAUUUUUCAAAUAUUUGUAGCUAUUAUUUAGAAACAUUUCUAUAGCAAUAGGUAAUUUCUUAAGAGCCAUGAGCUGAUAAUUACAGUAUAAGUAUUCACAUCCAUAAUUUUUAGUAGAAAACCCUAAGGACUUAGAAUUUUUUUUAUGCUUUAGAAAAAUGAUAAGACAUAUAUUGAAAACCAAACAGAAAAUGUACAUUAUUAUAAGGCAACACUCUUGUAGAACUCUGCCAGCCACCAUGGCUAUCCUCUGUAUGUCCUGUCAUCAUUAACAACCCUGUUCCCCAACCUCACAAAAGUUAACCACUACACUGAUUUUAGCAGUAAAAAUGUCCUUGCAUUUCUUUCUUAUUGUUUAAGUGUGUGUCUCUACCUACUAUAACUUUAUCCAUUAAAAAUUGUUUCAGUAGAUUUUUUUUUUUUACUUCUCUUCAAUGUACAGGUUCUUAUUUCUUUUUCUCAAAGUUUACCUGUUGAAGAACCUGGUGUUACCACCUAUAGAGUUUCCACCAGUCUUGAUUUUGCUGAUUGCGUACAGAUGGCACAAUUUAGCAUGCACCUCUGUCCUCUGGAUAUUGACACAUAGAUCCAGGUGGUUGAGAAAACAGGUUCAAUUCUUUUCACAAAACUGUAUGUCAGUGUUCUUUUUUUCAGAGGGCACGUAGAUUCUAAUUCCCUCUUUGAUAUAGAGUGAAAAUGACAAUACCUACAAUAGAUGCAUUGAUUUAUUGUGGGUUGGAGGAUAUUCUAAUUCUCUCAUUUGUUUUUCAUUUGUGUAUUGAAACAUUUUAAUAAAGAGAUGUUUCUACUAUUUGGUUAACCAGUUUUAAAGUCUAUAAAGGAACAGGAAAAUAAAUAUUUAUUGUUAAUAAUAAAAUAAAUAUUGUUACUUUUACCACUUUUCAAGUUUUCCCUGUUAUCUUCUAGUGAUAUUUUUUUAAAUAUUGUGAACUCAUGGAUUUGCACAUAUUUGAUAGACUUUAUUUCAAAUGUUACCAUUUUAAAGCUCCAUUUGUCACAUCUUUGAGCACUGGGAGCCUCAACAAGUUGGCUCUGAUUCUUUUUCACACUAUUCUAGCAGUGUUUAAUAAUUUCCUUGCUCUUUUUUAUGACAGUACAUUCCUGGCUCUACUUGUAUGUUGCCUGGACCUGGAAUCAGACCUAUCUCUAAGAAGCCUGGUUAUGUUUAGUGAGAAAUGAUAUUUCAAAACCAUAAUUAGGACUCUCAGGAUACUCAGUACUACUAGAUGAGUCUUUUUUUUUUUUUUAUUAGAGAGCUAGGAAAUAUCAAUUUUCAAAGAAGAAACAUUUGAUGAAUUUAUUUUGAUACUUCCAAAUCAAAUAGAGUACUACUGGGUUUUUACCUAAUCCUUUCUAUCACAACCAUUUCUACAUUUCUUUUUACUGAGAAUCCUGGUUUUCAAGGACACAGGACAUGAAAUAAUUAGAAUAUUUCACUUUUCAUUUCAUUGCACAUACAACAGUCUCAGAAGAACAAUGCUAACAUAACCACCACCAAUAUAACUGAAACAAAUAUUUUUUCAUUAGCUCUCCAUAUACUUCCGCUAUUUUUUGAGUUCACACUAUCCUAAGAUUUUCAGAAUAUAUUGGUAUAUUAUACUAUACUUUCUUCCUUCUACCCCCCAUUUUAUCUUAGUUCUUUAACUAUAUAGUCAGUACUUGCCAUGAGUCAUUAUUUGAUGGCUCUAUUUUUCUUAUUUUGCUCUUUGAUGGCAAAUCGAGCAUAUAGAAUGUUCCCAUCUUGAAAGCAAACAAAAAAGCUAUGAAGACUAGUGAUAAUCAACUUUAAGGAUAAAAUGUUAUUUGGCUAUAGUUAGCUUUCUAAUUAUAUUCAUUUAUAAACUUUUUUGUUCCUUACUCAAAAAUGUAGUUAUAAUCAUGAUGCCCCAAAUUUUCUAUAACAAACUAUCCAUUCCUUCUUAAAAGUCUUGCACACUAUAGUACCCCAUCCACUAUAAGGUAAUUAAAAAGACAUAAAGCCAGAUAAAAUCUAAAAAACCUUAUUUUCUCCCUUUUAGAUACUAGUUUAAAGCUUGCUUUUCAUAGCUGCUAAUGUAUAACAAUAGAUUUUUAGUUUCACAACCUCUCUUCCUCCAAUUUGGAUUAAGUCAGCCAAUAAAGUAAAACCUGUUGGACAAGUGUAAAGAGAGAUUUUCAGAGGUAAUCCGUCAAGCUGAAAAAAUAGCUUCUGAAAUAUAGAAUAUAUUUAUCAGUGUGAAAACUGACUAUCCAGAAGAUAAACCUUUAAUUCUGAAGAAUAUACGAAGCAUCUUUAAAUCUGUAAAACUUGAAAAAAAUUCAAAUCUUUAAAAACUAUAUUUUAUGUAAAGCUUUAAAUCAUCUAGCAUUAUUAACCUUAGUACAUCUGUUUUGUAUCCUGUCCCUGGAUUCCCCUUUCUGAUAAUGUUUCCACCUAUAGGACAAAUUAGGUGCUGGCCACCUGAAUUACUUUUACCUUCUGAAUUAUUUUGAGUUCUAAAAUAGUGAAGUACAAAUAGCCAUUAUUCCACUGUGCCUUUAACCUUUUAUAUAAAGGAAUUUAUAGUUCAUUGUUUAAAAAAACAAGAAUACCAAUAUUUGAAGCUGUUGACUACUAGCAAAAAAGUUUUACUCUAUAGCUCCUCUUAAGUACAACUUUUUAAAGACCCUUUAAAGAAAAAACUGAUUUCAAAGCUAAAUUAUUCUAAUUCUGUGAAAACCUGUGGAGAUUUUCCUUUUAUAUUUGUUUUCACUCAAGUUUCUAAAACACAGGUUGAAAAAUUGGAUUGUAAAUCUCUGGAAAAGAUAGUUCCAAAUUGGAUCUCCUAAGAGACCCUGUCCAGUAAUGUUGUAUUAUUUCUGUUACUGGGUGCUAAGUCUCUUUCAUUUUGAAGUGAGCUUUCUCCAGUUAUUGAAUUGUCUACCAUGAUUUCUAUCUUCAAACACUGAAGUUAUUUUGAAAAGUUACUGAAAUUCAUUCUUUUAGUAUUCAUUCUUUUAUUAUUCUUAUUAUGCAACAAAACAUCUGUGUAAUGGUCAGAAUUUAAAAUGUACAAUUCUUUUUCUUCUGUAAAUAUGUUUUAUUGUGAGAAAUAAAGAAUGG